CAUUAUCGUAUCUUUGAAACAGUCACGUAAUUGUGUAGACGAUACAAGCUUAUUUCGCUGCUUGGAGUUGCCACAACGGAAGUAUGCUUUGCGUGAUAUUAUAGUUGAUGAUGCCUCUACCAUAUGCUUAGUUCAUUGCUGCAGUAGAUUUGGGGCCUACUCUUCAAUUGUCGAGUCCGCGCGCUGUCCCGCGAAUGCAGCAGCCACAGCAAGCACAACAACAACAGCAGCAGCAGCAAAAUCAUGCCUCGCAAGUCAACCCGGUCUGGCUGGCGCAAAGCCGGCUGAGGCGGAGGAAGUUUGAUGAAUGUAUCGAAGUCUGCACUGGAAUCCUAGAAAAAAACCCAUAUGACCAGGCAGUAUGGUACCUGAAGACGCGCGCACUCACGCUGAAAAAUUGGCUCGACGAUCUGGAGAUUGAAGAGGAGGGGGUCGCAGACGUGCUCCUGGAUGAGCACCAGGUGGCUCAGGUGCCACGGCCCGGCACCUCCUUAUCACGACCCCUCACAAGCGCCUCUGGGUCGGGAGCACCCAGCCAGGCCGUGCGGCCCAUGACUAACAGCGGGCGGCCGCUGACGGGCUUCGCGCGGCCAGGCACUGGCUCACAGCGUCCUACGACAAGCGCGAACGGCCGGGUGGGCACUGCUAGCCUGCAGCAGGCGCUCAAAGGCGCCAAGCCGGGCACGGCGCGGCCGGUGACUACAUCGGGGCGCUUCGUGCGGCUGGGCACCGCCAGCCUGGCGUCCGAACCGGGAGGCCCGUUCAUCAACGUGGAGCGGCUGGACCUGCGCAAGUACGCCGCGCGGCCACUGCUCGCCCGCGCGCUGUGUGACUACCUCAUUUACACUGAGCACAAUAUGAAGAAGGCGCUGGAGCUGUGCGCGCUGGCCACACAGGUGGCCGAGUACCAGGACUGGUGGUGGAAGGCUCGUCUGGGCAAAUGCUACUACCAGCUGGGGCUGUUGCGUGACGCCGAGCGGCAGUUCAAGAGCUCCCUGGGGCAGGGGCAGGGCGCGGCAGCUGCAGCUGCAGCUGGUGUGGUGGGGGGCGGCAGCGGCGGGCCGUCAGGCCCCGGCAGCAACGGGCUAAAUGGUGGUGCGGUGAUGAUCAGCUGUGUGCUCGAGCUGUGCAAGAUUUACCUGCGCAUGGACCAGCCCAACACGGCGCUGGAGCACUACACGUCAGCGCUGGGCGCGCACCCCGGCGACUCCUCACUUUUGCUGGGGGUGGCACGCGUGUACGACGCACUUGGGGACGCGGAGAAGGCGGUGGCGUUCUACAAGAACGUGCUCUUCCACGAUGCCAGCAACGUCGAGGCCAUCGCUUGCCUGGCGGCACACCAUUUCUACACUGACCAGCCGGAGAUCGCGCUGCGGUACUACCGGCGGCUGCUGCAGAUGGGCGUGACCAACUCGGAGCUGUGGAACAACCUGGGGCUGUGCUGCUUCUACGCAUCACAGUACGACAUGUGCCUGGGCUGCUUCGACCGUGCGCUGGCUCUGGCGGACGACAAUGCGCUGCCCGACAUCUGGUACAACAUCGGCCAGGUGGCGGUGGGCAUUGGCGACCUGGCGCUGGCCUAUCAGGCCUUCAAGAUCGCCAUCAGCAUCAACCCCAACCACGCCGAGGCACUCAACAACCUGGGCGUGCUUGAGUACCGCAAAGGCAAUGACGACUCGGCCGCGUCGCUGUUCAGGUCUGGCCAGCGCGAGGGCAGCCACGUGUUUGAGGUGUUCUUCAACGGCGCGCUGCUGGCUUUCAAGGCGGGAGACUUCCAAGUCAGCUUCGACCUGGUCAACAAAGCGCUCGAAGCCUAUCCGGAGCACACCGAGUCGCACGAGCUGCUUAAACAGCUUAAGGCCCAUUUCACUAUGCUGUGAGGCCUGCGCUGCAUGCGGCAUGCUGGCUUAGGCUUUGGUACAGCCACCAGGUGCGGCGGCCGCAUAGCCUCAUUUGCCUUGAUGUGGGAGCGUUAAAAGUUAACAUUUGGUGUGUAGCUCCAGGUUAUUGUAAGCAAAGUUCAUCGAGAACGGUGUGUGCUAACACGGUGUUAAGGUUAUUGGACGAUGAGACGCCGUGAAAUGAGGCACCACGGCAGUAUGGACCCGGCUUGCGUGGCCGGAGAGUCCGAUUGGCGGUUAGCUGUUGGCAGGUUUGCAGAGGGUGCAACGGUACGUAUGCGCCUGAGGGCGUGGGGGUUGCGUGGCUUGCGGGUAGCUGCACUGGUGGCUGCUCGUGACCGAGUUGUGUCACGGUGCUCUGGGGCACGGGCGCCUCUGUGGAGCCGUAGCCCGUACUGUAGGUUUCAAGGCCAGUGGUGUGGUGCAGUACUUAGGUGAUUGCUCGACCGGAGCUUCUAGAAAGACCACCUUAAUUGCCAUCGUGCGCCGACAUGGUUUGCUGCACGGUUGUGGGGCUCUGGCGGGCUUCGGCUUGGCUUCGACUGGUGACGGUGUAGCAGCUGAGACACGCUAUGUGCGCAGAAACAAUGCACGGU